AUGUAUAUAACGAGUGGCACGUCCGCGCUUCUCAGGAGAGCUUCUUUUCAUUCUUCUUCAUCUUCGCGUGCUGGGAAAAGGGUCUUCUCCUCUCUCUCUGGGAAGCCCGCUCUCCCUUCUCCUUCGACUCCCGGUGCCGGUGGUCUUUCGCGCUCCAUUGGGCGGCAGCAGCAGCAUCGAUCUCUGAGCUAUCUGACGCCAGCGCGGUGGAGCCACGGCGUUGACUGGAAAUCGCCCUCGAGUCUCGCGGCGCAGAUCAGGAUCGCAUCUGGGUGUUCAGAUAACCUGUUGAGUCGAAAGAUCACUACAAUGGCUUCUGAGAAUGCCUUCAAGGAAAUUUUCACCGUUCUUCCCAAGCCUGGUGGUGGUGAAUUUGGGAAAUAUUACAGUCUGCCCGCUCUAAAAGAUCCGAGGAUAGAUAAGCUACCAUACUCUAUAAGAAUCCUUCUUGAAUCCGCGAUACGUAACUGUGAUGGCUUCCAAGUAAAAAAGGAGGAUGUGGAGAAGAUUGUUGACUGGGAAAAAUCUGCCCCAAAACAAGUUGAAAUCCCCUUCAAGCCUGCUCGUGUACUUCUUCAGGACUUUACUGGUGUACCUGCAGUUGUCGACCUAGCCUGCAUGCGUGAUGCUAUGAAUAAGCUUGGCAGUGAUUCCAACAAAAUCAAUCCUUUGGUUCCUGUUGAUUUAGUUAUUGAUCAUUCAGUUCAAGUGGAUGUUGCAAGAUCAGACAAUGCUGUUCAAGCAAAUAUGGAGCUUGAAUUCCAAAGAAACAAGGAAAGAUUUGCUUUCCUGAAGUGGGGAUCUAAUGCUUUCCGGAACAUGCUUGUUGUUCCUCCUGGCUCGGGUAUAGUGCACCAGGUCAAUCUCGAAUAUCUUGGACGGGUUGUCUUCAAUACUGAUGGCAUACUCUAUCCAGAUAGUGUGGUUGGGACUGAUUCUCAUACCACCAUGAUUGACGGGCUGGGAGUUGCUGGUUGGGGAGUUGGAGGUAUUGAAGCUGAGGCAGCAAUGCUUGGUCAGCCUAUGAGUAUGGUAUUGCCUGGGGUUGUUGGAUUCAAAUUAUCAGGAAAACUUCGGGAUGGGGUCACUGCUACCGACUUGGUUUUAACGGUCACACAAAUGCUAAGGAAGCAUGGUGUUGUUGGAAAAUUUGUUGAAUUUUAUGGUGGUGGUGUGGGAGAAAUCUCACUAGCUGACAGAGCCACCAUUGCAAACAUGUCUCCUGAGUAUGGUGCCACUAUGGGAUUCUUCCCUGUGGAUCAUGUCACUUUACAGUAUCUGAAAUUAACUGGCAGAAGUGACGAGACUGUGGCAAUGAUAGAAGCUUAUCUUCGAGCAAACAAUAUGUUCGUUGACUAUAGCGAGCCACAACAAGAAAGAGUAUAUUCAUCUUACUUGCACUUGGAUUUGGCUGAUGUGGAACCAUGCAUUUCCGGACCCAAGAGACCUCAUGACCGGGUUCCUUUGAGAGAGGUGAAAGCUGAUUGGCAUUCUUGCCUUGAUAGCAAAGUUGGGUUUAAGGGAUUUGCUGUGCCAAAAGAAGCACAAGAAAAAGUCGGCAAAUUUUCCUUCCAUGGACAACCGGCAGAACUUAAGCAUGGCAGUGUUGUAAUUGCUGCUAUCACGAGUUGCACGAAUACGUCAAACCCCAGUGUCAUGCUUGGGGCAGGCCUUGUAGCAAAGAAAGCCUGUGAACUGGGUCUUAAGGUCAAACCAUGGAUAAAAACAAGUCUUGCUCCAGGUUCUGGGGUUGUCACAAAGUAUUUACAGAAGAGUGGGCUACAGAAAUACUUGAACGAGCAAGGCUUCCAUAUUGUUGGGUACGGCUGUACAACAUGCAUCGGAAAUUCAGGGGAUUUAGAUGAAUCAGUUGGUGCUGCUAUAUCAGAAAAUGACAUUGUUGCGGCUGCUGUGCUUUCUGGAAACCGUAACUUUGAGGGCCGUGUCCAUCCGUUAACAAGAGCAAACUAUCUUGCCUCACCUCCUCUAGUUGUUGCUUAUGCCCUUGCUGGCACGGUAGAUAUUGAUUUUGAGAUAGAGCCAAUUGGUGUUGGCAAGGACGGUAAGGACGUAUACUUCAGGGAUAUCUGGCCUUCAACUGAAGAAGUGGCUCAGGUGGUUCAAUCCAGUGUGUUGCCUGAUAUGUUCAAGAGCACAUACGAGGCAAUCACCAAAGGUAACCCUAUGUGGAAUCAGUUAUCCGUGCCGACUGCCAAGCUAUACUCGUGGGAUCCAAAUUCUACUUACAUCCAUGAGCCACCAUACUUUAAGAAUAUGACCAUGGAUCCUCCUGGCCCACAUGGAGUGAAAGAUGCGUACUGCUUGCUCAACUUUGGCGAUAGUAUCACCACAGAUCACAUCUCGCCAGCUGGCAGCAUUCACAAGGAUAGUCCUGCUGCCAAGUACCUGAUUGACCGUGGAGUUGACCGAAAGGAUUUCAACUCCUAUGGCAGUCGACGAGGUAAUGAUGAAAUAAUGGCCAGGGGUACUUUUGCGAAUAUCCGUCUUGUGAACAAGUUGUUGAAUGGAGAAGUUGGCCCAAAGACAGUCCAUGUCCCCACGGGAGAAAAACUCUAUGUAUUUGAUGCUGCCAUGAAAUACAAAUCCGAGGGACAGGACACCAUUAUUUUGGCUGGAGCUGAGUAUGGAAGUGGAAGCUCUAGGGAUUGGGCCGCCAAGGGCCCAAUGUUGUUGGGUGUUAAAGCUGUAAUUGCUAAAAGCUUUGAGAGGAUCCAUAGGAGCAAUCUUGUGGGAAUGGGGAUUAUUCCCCUGUGUUUCAAGUCCGGUGAGGAUGCGGACACAUUAGGUUUGACUGGACAUGAACGUUUCUCCAUUGACCUCCCGAGCAGAAUCUCUGAAAUUCGUCCUGGCCAAGAUGUUACUGUGCGAACGGACGCUGGAAAAGAAUUCACUUGCACUGUCCGCUUCGACACUGAGGUGGAGCUGGCAUACUUCAACCAUGGCGGUAUACUUCCAUACGUUAUUCGACAGUUGACCAAAAAUUAG